CGUGAACGUGGUGGAAAUUAGCCGAUCCACGCAGGAAUAAGACACAAACUGCAGAAAGUGUCUCAAGGUUUUUAUUUUUGUUUUCCCAUUUCUACUGCUCCCCUGGCUGCAGUAGAAAACUGAUGGUGUUUCUCUCAUUGAAGACAGAGUGCUCACCCUGAAGUUGCAGGAUGAAAAGAUGGCACAACCUUAUCAACCACCAGAUCCAGAAAACUUGCGUCUGUUUACCCGCGAGUCCCUCAAAGCCAUUGAAGCACGGAUUGAAGCACGGAUUGAAGAGGAAAAUGCCAAGAAGCCUAAGGAAGAGAAGAAAAAACGCAAAAGCAAGAAAGACUUCAAACCCAACCGAGAUCUGGAGGCAGGCAAGCCCUUGCCUAUUCUGUUCGGGGACAUUCCUAAUGGCUUGGUCUCAACGCCACUGGAGGACCUGGAUCCAGCCUACCACGAUCACAAAACUUUUAUAGUGUUAAAUAAAAGGAAGAUGAUUUUUCGCUUCAAUGCCGCUCCUGCCUUGUAUAUCUUGGGUCCCUUCAAUCCCAUUAGGAGAUUAUCAAUCAAGAUUCUGGUUCACUCAUUGUUCAAUGUGUUGAUCAUGUGCACCAUCCUCACCAACUGUGCACUUAUGACUAGAUCUUCCACUGCUGAUAAUAAUUCUACGAACUGGACAAAGCCUGUAGAGUACACAUUCACAGCGAUCUAUACUUUUGAAUCCGUAAUUAAAAUUUUGGCUCGAGGAUUCUGUAUAGGGGAGUUCACAUUUCUCAGAGAUCCAUGGAACUGGCUGGAUUUCUCUGUUAUUGUUUUAGCGUAUCUAAAUGAGUUUGGAGAUUUUGGCAGACUAUCAGCUCUUCGGACAUUCAGAGUGCUAAGAGCUUUUAAAGCAAUCUCAGUUAUUCCAGGCUUGAAGACCAUUGUUGGAGCACUGUUCCAGUCAGUGAAGAAGCUCACUGAUGUCAUGAUUCUAACCGUUUUCUGCUUGAGUGUCUUUGCACUUGUGGGAUUACAACUGUUUAUGGGUCAUCUGAAGAACAAGUGCAUUCGUAAACCAGAUAUUACUUCUGAAGAGAACGCAACCGAGUACUGGAGAAUCCUUCUUCAAAAUGCAAAUGAGACGAAACCAAUUUCAAAAUAUUUUUCUGUUGUCUUUUCAGGUCAUCAAUAUUUUCUUCCUGGCAAAAGAGAUCCAUUGCUAUGUGGAAACAGCACUUAUGCUGGGCAGUGUCCAGAGGGCUACACGUGUAUCCCCUUUGGACGAACUCCAGACUUUGGCUACACAAGUUUUGACUCCUUUGGGUGGGCGUUCCUUGCCCUGUUCAGACUGAUGACCCAAGAUUACUGGGAAAACCUUUACCAACAGACUUUGAGAGCUUCUGGGAAACCCUACAUGAUCUUUUUUGUCUUGGUGAUUUUCCUGGGUUCCUUCUACUUGGUCAACCUCAUCUUGGCUGUAGUGGCUAUGGCCUACGAAGAGCAGAGCCAGACCAACAUAAAGGAAGCAAAGGAAAAGGAGGAAGAAUUUCAGGCCAUACUUGAUGAGUUGAGACAACAGCAAGAGGAAGUGCAGGCAAUAGCAGAUACAGCAGAAGAUAAAGACCCUGGUGACAAAGGUGAUGGCACAGGUGGCACUUCCAAUUUAAAAUCCAAAAGUGCCAAGGAAAGAUGUAACAUUAAGAAAAAAAAGAAAGAGGAAGAAAGAAAGGAGUCUGCUGAGUUUCCAAAAUCAAACUCAAUAAACAGUUUGAAGAACUUGACAAUAGAUGGAAACCUGCUCAAUUCCGACUUGAAAUCAUCAACCACACAUCAGGCAAGCAUGACAGAAUCCCAAUACAGGCGGCCAAGUGCAGCUUACAGUGAUUUAAUGGAUUUCCUUGAAGGUCCACAGGCAAGACAAAGAGCACAAAGCCUAGUUAGUGUUAUAACCACCACUGUGGAAGAACUUGAAGAGUCAAGAAGGAAGUGCCCACCUUGUUGGUACAAAUUUGCCGAAACUUUCCUAAUCUGGGAUUGCUGUCCAGCAUGGCAGAAAAUCAAGAAAUUUGUCAAACUGAUUGUGAUGGACCCAUUUGCUGACCUGACUAUAACCAUCUGCAUUGUUCUGAAUACUUUGUUUAUGGCUAUGGAGCACUAUCCAAUGGAAAAUUCAUUUAAUGAUACGCUGUCUAUUGGUAAUAAGGUUUUCACUAGCAUCUUCACAGCUGAAAUGGUACUCAAGAUCAUUGCACUGGACCCAUACUACUACUUUCAAGAGCGUUGGAACAUUUUUGAUGGGAUCAUUGUCACUAUAAGCUUGGUGGAACUUUGUUUUGCAAUCACUCUUUUGAGAUCACUGAGAUUGCUGAGAGUGUUCAAGUUGGCUAAAUCUUGGCCCACUCUCAAUACACUUCUCAAAAUAAUUGGCAAUUCAGUUGGAGCCAUGGGCAACCUGACUCUGGUGCUGGCCAUUAUUGUCUUUAUAUUUGCGGUUGUGGGCAUGCAGCUGUUUGAAAAAGACUAUAGAGCCAAAGUCUUGGAAGACGUAACGAAAGAUAGACCACGCUGGCACAUGAUGGACUUUUUUCAUUCAUUCCUCAUUGUCUUCCGAGUGCUUUGCGGAGAAUGGAUAGAGACCAUGUGGGACUGUAUGCAAGUGGCUGGAACAACUAAAUGCCUCAUUGUCUACAUGAUGGUCAUGGUUGUUGGAAAUCUUGUGAUGCUGAACCUGUUUCUGGCCCUUCUGUUAAGUUCUUUCAGUGCAGACAAUUUGGCAGCAAGUGAAGAGGACAGUGACUUGAACAACUUGCAGAUUGCAAUACAACGGAUUUAUAGGGGCAUUGACUUCAUCAAGUCAUUCCUUAAAAAUAUCUGCAACAGUAAUUGUCAUGGAGACAAAAAGGACAAGACUGAAGACAAGUCUUUGGGUGAACUUAACAAACCUUUUGGAACAAAUGAUCUUCACAACCAUACGCUCAAAAACUUUCCUAAUAACAGCAAUGUUGAUGUGACUGGAGUGGACAAAAGUGGAAACAAGUACAUAGUCAACAGCAAAAGUGAUGAUUCCAUUAUGUCCUUCAUCAACAACCCAAGUUUGACUGUUGCUGUUCCCAUUGCUGCUGUGGAGUCUGACUUUGAAGUUCUGAAUACUGAAGACUUCAGCAGUGCCUCAUCUGAUGUUCAGCCAUGCCGUGUGCAGAUUGUUGAUGGGGAUGAAGAUGAUGAAAUUAGCUCCUCUGAGGGAAGCACAAUCAAUGGUUGUGAACCUGGAGAGAUGGCAGACUCUGUCGGUGGUGAUUUAGAAGAGGCCAUGGAUCCUCAUCAAUGCUUUCCUGCAGUCUGCCGGCAGAAGUUUAAAUGUUGCCAAGUAAAUGCUGAGGUGGGCUUCUGGAAAGCAUGGUGGACGCUAAGGCAAACCUGUUUUAGGAUUGUUGAGCACAACUGGUUUGAGACCUUCAUCGUCUUCAUGAUCCUUCUUAGCAGUGGAGCCCUUGCUUUUGAAGAUGUUUACAGUGAGCAGAGGAAGACAAUUAAAGUUAUCCUGGAAUUUUCAGACAAAAUGUUCACUUACAUUUUCAUUUUGGAAAUGUUAUUGAAAUGGCUGGCAUAUGGAUUUGCCAAGUAUUUCACAAACGCUUGGUGUUGGUUGGAUUUCCUCAUUGUGGAUGUCUCAUUAGUCAGUCUGGUGGCCAAUGCACUAGAAUUUACCGACCUUAGUGCAAUCAAGUCUCUGAGAACUCUUCGAGCACUAAGGCCCCUGAGAGCACUGUCAAGGUUUGAAGGCAUGAGGGUGGUUGUCAAUGCCCUACUAGGAGCUAUUCCCUCCAUCUUCAAUGUGCUUCUUGUGUGCCUCAUCUUCUGGCUGAUCUUCAGCAUCAUGGGAGUCAAUUUAUUUGCCGGAAAGUUUUACAAGUGUAUCAACAACAUUACUGGUGAAGACUUUAAUGCAACCACUAUUCCAAAUGGAACAUUCUGCCGAGCAGAGAAAGAUGCUAUUUGGAAAAACCUUAAAAUAAACUUCGACAAUGUUGGUAUGGGAUAUCUUGCACUUCUUCAAGUGGCCACAUUCAAAGGGUGGAUGGACAUUAUGUAUGCUGCUGUGGACUCAGGAGAAAAGCCGGAGGAGCAACCAGUUUUUGAAAGAAACCUCAAGAUGUACUCAUACUUUGUUGUUUUUAUCAUAUUUGGAUCCUUUUUCACCCUCAAUCUCUUCAUUGGAGUAAUAAUAGACAAUUUCAAUCAGCAAAAGAAAAAGUUUGGAGGUACAGACCUUUUUAUGACUGAAGACCAGAAGAAAUACUAUAAUGCCAUGAAAAAAUUGGGGUCAAAGAAGCCACAAAAACCUAUUCCAAGGCCAUCAAACAAGAUUCAAGGAUUCAUUUUUGAUAUAAUCACCAAACAAGUUUUUGAUAUUGUGAUCAUGAUUCUAAUAUGGCUGAAUAUGGUAACCAUGAUGGUGGAAACAGCAGACCAAAGUGAAUACCAGACUUACGUCCUCCGUAUCAUCAAUUACGUGUUUAUUGUCAUUUUUACUGGGGAAUGUUUGUUGAAGAUGAUUGGACUCCGCCAUUACUUUUUUAUGAAUGGCUGGAAUAUUUUUGACCUCGUAGUGGUGGUUCUGUCAAUUGCUGGUGUUUUUCUUGCAAACAUAAUUGAGAAAUUUUUUGUCUCACCAACACUAUUUAGAGUUAUUCGACUGGCUCGGAUUGGCCGUGUCCUUCGCCUUAUUAAAAGUGCCAAAGGAAUACGCACACUCUUGUUUGCCUUGAUGAUGUCACUUCCUGCCUUAUUCAACAUUGGUCUCCUGCUCUUCUUGGUGAUGUUUAUCUAUGCCAUAUUCGGCAUGUCAAGCUUUGCUUAUGUCAAAAAGGACAAAGGAAUUGAUGACCUUUUCAAUUUUGAAACCUUUGGAAACAGCAUGAUAUGCUUGUUUCAGAUCACCACAUCAGGAGGAUGGGAUACCCUACUUGAUCCCAUUCUAAACAAAAAUGAAAAUGAUUGUGAUCGAGAAGCAGAGCAUCCUGGAAGCAGCACUAAAGGCAAUUGUGGAAAUCCCCCUGUUGGAAUAGCAUUUUUUGUUAGCUACAUCAUCAUCAGCUUUCUGAUUGUGGUAAAUAUGUAUAUUGCAGUAAUUCUGGAAAACUUUAACGUGGCGACUGAGGAGAGUACUGAUCCACUGAGUGAGGAUGACUUUGAGAUGUUUUAUGAAGUCUGGGAAAGGUUUGACCCUGGUGCAACACAAUUUAUUCAGUUCAAAAGGCUUUCGGACUUUGCAGAUGCUCUCAACCCACCACUACAAGUACCCAAGCCGAACAGGAUAGAUUUGAUCUUUAUGGACCUUCCAAUUGUGAGUGGUGACCGUAUUCACUGUCUGGAUAUCCUGUUUGCUUUCACAAAACGUGUACUAGGAGAAGGUGGGGAGAUGGACAUUUUAAGGGAGCAGAUGGAGGAGCGCUUUAUGGCCUCAAAUCCUUCCAAAGUGUCAUACGAACCCAUUACGUCCACCCUGCGCCGUAAAGAAGAACUUCGGUCAGCUACUGUCAUUCAAAGAGCAUUUAGAAGAUAUACCGAGAAGGUGAAGUUCUCAGAAGAUUCAGAUGAUGGAACUGAGAAGGAUGAAACACUUGGCGACAAAAAGGAAUUUGUCAAAGAGAACAAUAAAGAAACUUCCAGUGCUGAAAAAACUGAACAGACAGCUUUAGUGUCCUCUGCAUCUUCCUGUGAUAAUUUAAUCAUAAAUGAAAAAAGUGAACUUGAAACAGACCAAAGUGAGAAAGAGAAAACAAGCAACGAAAGAGGAAACCCAGAUACAUAAGAGAGGAAGUGCAACAAAAUGUUUACAGUUCUUUGAAAGUUACUACCUUCUCGAAUGUGUAUACCCACUGUUUCACACAGACUGUCCUUACUUUACAGAAGGGGGAGAUGGUUCAUAUUUGCUAUAAUCAGACCACUAUGAAAGAUUUCAGGGGCAUCUAUAGGCUGUGCUGUUUACAAAAUUGCCAUUAUUUGUUGUCAAGGCACACCUUUUGUGCUUUAACUUGUAUGGCAGCUAGUUCUGCUGUCAAGUGACUUGAAGUAAUGUUAUAUCAAUGACUUUUAAAUCGCAGGCACUCAUUUUUUCAGAAAAAAAAAGGAUUUCAUGUUUUUUUUUUUUUUUUAAGCAUCAAUUUUAUGUUAACUCUUUUCUUAUAGUAGUUUCCUCAGGUACAAUACUAUGAGCAUAAAGCCCUAGGCUGCUUCAGAUGAUGCUAACGUUUGACACAAACAAAAGCCGUGAUCCAUUAUAAAUGCAUGAAUGCCUAUUCAUGGUUAUGCAUGAAAAAGAUUUCCAUUAUUGCCAAUUUUCUCUCCAAACUUAUGAUAAAAAUCUUUUCAGUUAUUUGGAUUUUAUUUUGUGUAUGAGUGGAUUUUGUACAUGUAAACAUGAACUUCAACAACACCACAUUUAAUGCUGCAUAUUUUAGACUUAGUUCCAAAAAAGUGUUUUUUCCCAGAUACACUGUGUGUCAUCGUCAUACAAAUCAUCAUGAUUAUUGUCAUAAAACUAUAAUAACAAAGAUCAAAGAUGACUUGAGUGGUGAGAUUUAAAGCCACCAAAAUAUUUGAAUAAUUUAUCUCACCCCCAAAAAACCUCUUGCUGUUUAUGUGAGGAUAUUGUUCUUAAGUUUUUUUUUUUCAUUUCUGGCAAAAUGGUUUGGCUGGGUGUGAAUUUUCCCUCUGUGGGAAAAAAAAAGAUGCUUGUUUGAGAAAUCAAGUUGGUUAUCUGUGAUGUCAACCUUAAACAUGAGCUCAUUUGUAAUUGAAGAUGUGGGGUAAAAUGUGGUAUUUUUUAUGUUUUGUUUCCCAAAUUCCUAUGGGAGUAGUUACUGAAAUGUAUAUGCUUGUAUUUUUUUUUAUGUUUUUACAGUUCAAAUCACAGUCUUUAUGAUAGCAAACAAAUAUCAAAGGUGGAUAAAUGAGUGCUCAGGAUAUUCUGAAAAAUCUCAAGGAAAUUGCAUCAUACUUUUCAUGUGUUUUGCCAUUUCAAACUAUUGUUUACAUUUUUACAUCAUUGCUUCCUACAACAGACACUUGAAAUUGUCAAACUUAUAUGUGAUACUUUGCUACACAGGUUAUAAAUCCAGUGGUGUAGUUAGAAUUAGCAUGUCAUGCACUUAUGCUGCACCUUACCCACACUGAAAGAAAGAAUGUUUCUGUUACAAAUCCAUCAACUCUCAUAUUGUUUAUAUGCAUAAUAAUUGUGUUGUGUAAGUUGAGUGCAUGCAAGAUGUUUCCAUAACUCAUUUCACAAA